AUGAAGAAUCAAAAAGUAACAAAGAACAUAAUAACAAAAAAAAAAAACGUAUCUUUAUUAAAAACAGAAAAAAAAAAGAAAAGCAAAUCUAAUAAUUUAAAACAUAACUCAUAUGUGAUAGAUACAUUAAAUAAAGCAAAAAGCAAAUAUAAUGAAGGAAAAAAAAGUGCAAACAAUAAUGAAGAAAAGGAAGAAAAAAAAAAAGAAAAAAAAUUAGGGGCAAAAAAUAACAAAAAAAAUAUUAGCAUGUUUGAAGAUCAUAAUGAAAAACAAAAUGAGAAUAAAGAAAAAAAAAAAUUAAAUAAAAAUCCUGGAAAAUUAAUAAAUAAAUUUAUAGAGAAGAAAAUACCAAAAAAUAACAAAAAGGAGAAAGUGAAUAAAUCUAACAAGGAUAUAAUAAGAAAAAAUAAAAAAAAAAAAAACAUUGAAAACACAUUAAAUAAUUACAUAAAAAAGUUUGAUAAAAAUGGUGCAAAAGACAAAAAAGUAAAAAAAGAAAAUAAAAAUAGUAAUAAUAAUGAUAAAAUAUAUAUAAAAAAUGAGAAAGGAAAAAGUACUAAAAUCAUAAACAAUGAAAAACAUAAUAAAGAGAAUAAUGUAAUAAAAGAAUCAAAAAAUAAAGAUAAAAAAAAUAUUAAAAAAAAAAAGAUAAAGAAGAAAAAAGAAAUUGAAAAAAAUAACAUAAAUAAAAAUAAUUAUGAAGUAAACAAAAAAGAAAAAAAAAAUUAUGAUAAUAGUCUAAAUAAUGAUGAAAUCGUUGUUGAUUUUGAAUUAAUAGAUCCAAUUGAUACAUACAAAGAUAAUAUAAGAAUAUUAUUAAGAAACACAGAAUUAUAUAACGAUAUAAAAUUUUCAGAAAAGUUAAUUAGUAUAAUUUGCGAUCAGCAAAAUAUUGGAAAGUUUGUAUGUGUUUCAAAUGAAAAAGAUAACAUAAUUAGCUUUUUAACAAUUAUUAAUCUAAACCAAUAUGAUGAAAUAAAAAGUUUAAAAGAAUUUUUAUUAAGUAAAAUAAAGAAAAUAAAUGCCAAAGAAUUUCAAGAAAGUAUAAAAGAAUUAACUAAAUUAAUAUCAAGUAAUAAAAAUGUAGGUUUACUCAUUAAUAGUAGAAUAAUAAAUUGCCCAAUUAAACUAAUCCCUUUAAUUCACAAAAAUGUCAUUGAUGAUAUAUCUUGGUCGCAGGAUUUAGAUGAUAUGGAUGAAGAUGAAAAGAAAUUUUAUUUUUUUGAUUAUAUACUUUUUUAUACAAAAGUUUAUAAAAAUUUAAAUGAUGAAUUAAUUUUUUCUAAUUUUGAAGAACAGUAUUUCUUUGAACAUAAGAUACAUUAUGUUAUGUGGAAUAAUAAUAAUAUUAAGAAAUUUUAUGAAAUUAUAAAUAAUAAAAAAAAGGAAAUGAACUAUAAAGAAUAUGUUAUUAUUUUUGCUAUUCCUUUUGAUAAGAUAAAUGAUGCAAUAAAUAAAUUUUCUCUUUAUUUAAGAGAGUAA